AUGAGAGAUGAAAUCGCAGCAGCAGUUGUCUUUGUCACAAGAUUGGUGAAAAAGCAUAAAAAACUGAAUAAACAGCAAAUAGAUGACUUCGCAGAAAAACUGAUGAAAAUCUUGUUUGAAACAUAUAGAGGUCACCGGCAGCCCAGUUGCUCUUCUGAAGGACAAGCAAUCAGGUGUAUCAGGAUAAACGAUCAGAAUAAUGACUCCAUUUUAAAAAGGGCUUGUGCUGAACAUAAAGUGAAUUAUUUUCACCUGGGACUUCCAAAUGAGCUGUCCAUAUGGGUAGAGCCCUAUCAAGUGUGCAGUAGGUAUGGUGAAAUCCAUCCAUUUAUAGUUGCUUCUUUUAAUGGCAGAUGGGAAGAAUGGGAAUUAACUCAACAAGUCAGUUAUGCUGCUAACAGAGCCCCAUUAGACCACUCCUCUUGCACAUCCUCUGAUGAAGAAAGUUGUAGCAUGGAAUCUCAGAUCAUUCCUAAAGUCACCAAUCCCAAGAGUGUCUAUCAGGCUGAAAACUUGAAAUGGUCCUGCCCAUCUUGGCUCUACACCACCUGCUGA